UUGUUCAGCACAGUUUCUCAUCCUUCUUGAGUGGAAUUUUCCACGAUCAGGGGCCCCAGGCAUGUGGAAUGUGGAUCAAAAGCAGAUGUAGAAUCCCUGCAAUGACUAUGUUUUAUUUUCAACUGAAAAUGCCAAGCAAUUUCCGUUGCAAAAGCAUCCCACCCAGUUUGUCAAAGAAGCGCUGCACCAAAAAAUCCUCAUAACUCUUGUCACUUCCGUUUGAGUCAAAGCAGUUCCUUGCUGCUUCUAACUACAGCUAAAACCUUCCACUGCAAAAGAGUAUUCUUAUCUGAAGACUGUACCCAAGGAACAAGAAGAAUGGCUGAUGUACUUAUAGCUUCCACAAUAGAGGUAGCUUUGAAGAAGACACUUUCCCUUGCCAAUGAAAGGAUUGGCAAGUUAUUCCAAUUCAAGGAGGAUUUGGAGACCCUCAAAGGAUCUGUUGCUAUGAUCCAAGCUGUCUUGGCUGAUGCAGAGGAAAAGCAAACGCAUGACCAGGCCGUGCGACUGUGGCUCCAGAGGCUAGAAGCCGUGGCGUUUGAUGCCGAGAAUUUGUUUGACGAGCUGAAUUAUGAAGCUCUUCGUCGCCAUCUCGUGGGCAAGGAUACUAUGAUGAAAGGAGAUAUGCUAAUCGAACUUUGGAUGGCAGAAGGUUUGCUCCAAGCAGAUGUCAACAACCAAAUGAUGAUGGAGGAACUUGGAAUGAAUUUGGAAAUUGCCAUCUAAUUCAUCUUUCAUGCGUAUUCGGAUGAGCAACUCUUGGCAUUCAAUCUUUAUUAUUCAACUUCUUCAGGACCAGCCGCCAUAUGUAUAGCUGGAAUUGAAUGCUUUAUUGCUUUGGAAGUGUAAAAUUGCCAAUGUGUAAAGGCAUCUUGGAGGGAGAGCUUAGUUUUAUUGCUGAUUUGCUAACAAAGGAAAGUAAUGAGUUUAUAUAAAAGAAAUGAAGCUGUUAUACCUAUGUAUGUCUGAGCACAGGAAAUCGCUUCCAGGUUUAAGCAAUGGAAUCAUUUCUUCUUCUUUCA